GGAAAAGUAUUUCCUCUUGUUCGCCUUUGGUAGCUAACUUGGUGUUAGCAAGUUAUGUAUCCUUGUGGUAGCUAAAAUAUUGUGGGUGGGUAUGAGAAUAUAGCAGGACGGGAACGAAGGAUUAUUGUCAGAAUAAUGAUGUGGAGCCCAUUUAAGGCAUUACAGAAGAAUAAGACGCUCACAUAUGGCAUUCCAAUGAUUUUGCUGGUCGUUGGUGGUUCCUUCGGGCUUCGAGAAUUCACACAAAUCCGAUACGAUGCGCAGAAGAUUAAAAAGAAGCUGGACCCAGCACUCGAGGCCAGAAUCAACGUCCAGAAACAGCCCGUCAUCCUGGAGGAGGAGUACGAGAAGAUGCAGAGGCUGAACCUGGACGAGUGGAGUAACAUCAGAGGCCCCCGGCCGUGGGAGAACUCUCGGGAGUACCAGGAUCAGCAGCGGGCCCAGCAGGCCACCGGGUCCCCAGGGGCCACAGGGGCCCCGGGCCCCGCGGGAGAGGGGGCGCGGGCAGCGCGGGCGCAGCCAGACGGCCCCUAAAGGCAGGGCGAGGGACCUGGCGGCCGCAGCUCCUCUGUCUCUGUACUGUCAGUCUCCCUUUUGUCCUCUGCCUGGGCUAUUUUUACUCCCCACCUCCGCACCUCCGCACCCCCGCGCCUCCCCACCCGGCUCACGGGAGAUAGGAGAAACACACGCGGAGACGAAAGGGGACGACGUUUGCUGAUGCAGUCCGGCUUACCGCUGAAAAUGCUGUUUGUGAAUGAAAAAAAAAGACCUUUCUUUUUUUUUGUUUUGUUUUUUUUUUUUUUUUUUUUUUUAAUUUAAAGUGCACGUAAGUCAGAAUGUCUCUCUGUUCCGCGAGGAGUUGAGUCGGAAUUUUCCAGCAGCGAGCGCAGGUGGAGGGAGACGUGGGCGGGCCUGUUACCAGGGUGAUUAGGGAGACAGGGCCGCCCCCCUGUUUCUGGAGUGUGCUGCUGCUGCUGCCGCUGCCGCCGCCGCCCGGCUGUACUGCACUGAAGCAGAAAGCGCUUCCCUUGAUGGAACCCCCCUGUACCCCUGCCGAACAUGCCACCCCCUGCACCCCUCAGAGAGAGGGAGAGACAGAGAGGGGGGGGGGGAGAGAGAGACAGAGACAGACAGAGAGAGAGACUGAGAGAGAGAGACACGGAGACACAAAGAUAGAGAGAGAGAGAGAGAGAAAGAAAGGAAGGGAGAGAGAGGGAGAGAGGCCCCAUCUGGCACAGUCUCUCCUGUCGUCUGUAGCACAGGUAAUGGCUGAGUUCAGCGGGCGCGCCCUUAAAAUGCAGUGUUUGUCGUGCGCUUGUAGUACAUGAAUAUGUACUGUAACAUAAAUAAUAUCAUUGUACAAAUAAAAUUAUUUUAUAAGACCA